CGUCUUGUCACUGUCGAUACUCCUAGUUGAUCCUUCUGCCACCCUCGACUCCACCAGUCGAGUUCUGCAUACAGACCCAGAAAUGGCAUCCAUGUCGUCGGUACCGCCGCGGCAGUCAUCCUUGGGACUUGGGCGGCCCUCCAGUACCGGCUCCGGCUCCGGUUCAUCGCCCUCGUCUUCCGCAACCCUCACCCCUUCGAGCUCAUUAUCCCUUUCCCUCUCGCGCUCCUCAUCAUCCACACUCUCCUCCCCACUCUCCCUGGCAAAGUCUCACUAUACAGCUUCUGCCCACCACUUCAUCCAUCGGCAGCCCCUCGAGGCCCUUCAUGAGCUCGAAGAAGCAUGGAGAUUGCUCUUCAUCGUCAUUGCGCCCGAUCAGAAGGAGAUCAGGGGUAGCGGCACUUGGCAGGGCGUGAGGGACAAGACAGUCAUCCUCUGGCUUACGCUCUUGGUGUCUCUUUGGAAGACUGGAGGGUCCGUCGCGACGCAGCAGAGGGGCAAGGAACUCACAUCGCAUACUACUGCACUGCUCAAGCAGAGGGAUCCGGAGGAUUUUCUCAAGGGUCUCACAGGCUCCGUCUUGCAGGCCUAUUCUGCUAUGGCAGGCGAUGUACAAGGGGCCAAUGGCGACUCAAGAGCUGCAGCAGCUCGACACGAGGAGAGAAAGGUGGCUCUUUCUCUCCUGCCAGCCAGUGUUGCGGCUAGUGUCAUCAUGGCAUCGCUCGGUGUAGAGGAGUUCCCCUCUUCUGGCUCUUCCACUUCUCCUCAGUCCUCCGUCUCUGCCAAAUCUAUGCCCCUGUCUCGACACCUCGCAGAGGAUAUACUACAGGCGCAGUCUGCUCCGCUGGCCUCCCCGGCUCCUGCCUCCGCCGCUACCUCGGAGGCUCGCGCCCGGCUGGUCUCCUCCUACUCUCGAGUCUUGGAGCUCUACGCCAUCCACAUCCUCGGUGUGCGCUGUGCCCAAUGGGAGGAGGCCGACCAGGUGGUCCGCUUGAGCCUUCUGGAAGACGAGGAGAGAGCGAAGCUCCUCGUUGCGCUCGACCGGGCGAGGGAGCAUGUGGUCACACGACCGGAGCGACGCGCUAGUGCGAAGCUGGCGGGGGAACAGGCCUAUGAGCUGGAGAAGCAGAGGAGAAAAGCAGUGGAGAAGGGGCUGCAGCAACAGGGUCAACAGAAGCAGACGGAGAGCAAUGGCGCCUUUAUGCGGUCUGACACGACGAAGACUACAUCGACUGUGGAAAAGGAACAGCCAAGGCGAUCACGCCCUCCAGUCGGGAAACAUCGAUACUCAUCCUCCUCCGCCUCAUCCUCGUCCUCUUCUGUUCAACCAUCUUCAGAGACAGAGUCAGACUCGACCAUCACUGUCAACAAGCCGGCCAAACAUCGGUCUUCGCAUUCCCACUCCGAGGGAAGCACAUCUUCCCAGCGAGGGGACAAUGAGAGUACUUCCAGCACGACGGCAGCAGCACAGGCAUUCGCCUCGACACGAUCGGCUCUCAGUACCCGUAUCGCCAAGGAUGCACACCGUGACAGCGCCUCUUCAAAUGAGCGAGGCUCCGUUGCGCCCCGAAAGAGUACAGGUACAAGUGCAGAUGCAAGGGCAGCUUCAGCGAGCAGUCUAAUCCAGACGCUCCGCUCCUUCCUAGCGCUAGAUCGACUGCCCCUCUCCGGCUCGGUACUCCUCUCAGUGCUGGGCCCGUUGCUGGUCCUUCUAUUCAGUCUGAAGAGACUGAGCGCGAGCAGGGGCAGGAGUCGGCCGGCUAUUGCUGUUACAGCAGGUGGUGGAGGUGGUGGUGCGGGAGGGAGGGGGUCGCAAGUUGCGGCUAGAAAGGCAGGAGGUAGCAAUGAAGCUGGUCUGCUAUCAGAGCUGAUACAGCGCUUGUGGAAUACUGUACGCAUGGGCACUAAGGUCACGCAUCUUUGAACCCUGCCGAGGCAGGAUGGAAGCGGGAGCAGGACCCUCGAUGUGAGAUGCUUCGCAUCAACGGUACAUGGGAAAUAUUGUAUUUUGCUAUAGUACAUAUGAUUACAAAGAAAAGACUGCUACACCGCACCCAUGCAGUCUGCU